UUGCGCGCUCAGGCCGGGCAAUGUGCGAGGGUUUCUUUUGGGUCCUGAAGCCCGGAAGAGACACUGCGCAAUCCCCUUUUACGUGAGGCGGUGGCGGCGGUUCGGAAGUCGUCUGGUCUUCCUGCGGCCGCUCGCAGCUUUCUGGCCUCUCCCGCGCCUCACGUCGGACUCCGGCUCCGCGGCAGGGAAGCAGCAUGGAAGCUGAGGACCUCCAGGAGGAGUUGACCUGCCCCAUCUGCCUGGAGUAUUUCCAGGAUCCGGUGUCCAUCGAGUGCGGCCACAACUUUUGCCGCGGGUGCCUGCACCGCAGCUGGGCGCCGGGCGGCGGCCCGUUCCCCUGCCCCGAAUGCCGGCACCCAUCGGCGCCCGCCGCGCUGCGACCCAACUGGGCCCUGGCCAGGCUGACGGAGAAGACGCGGCGCCGGCGCCUGGGCCCCGUGCCCCCGGGCCUUUGCAGCCGCCACUGGGAGCCGCUGCGGCUCUUCUGCGAGGAAGACCAGCGGCCCGUGUGCCUGGUAUGCAGGGAGUCCCAGGAGCACCAGACCCACGCCAUGGCACCCAUCGACGAGGCCUUCGAGAGCUACCGGGAGAAGCUUCUUAAGUCUCAGCGUAAUCUCGUGUCCAAAAUGAAGAAAGUCAUGCAUUUACAGGAUGUAGAAGUGAAGAAUGCUACACAGUGGAAGGAUAAGAUAAAGAGUCAGCGAAUGAGAAUCAGCACAGAGUUUUCAAAGCUGCACAACUUCCUGGUUGAAGAAGAGGACCUGUUUCUUCAGAGACUGAACAAAGAAGAAGAAGAGUCAAAGAAGAAGCUGAAUGAGAACACAUUAAAACUCAAUCAAAUGAUCGCUUCAUUGAAGAAGCUCAUCUUAGAGGUGGGGGAGAAGAGCCAGGCCCCCACCCUGGAGCUGCUUCAGAAUCCAAAAGAAGUGUUGACCAGGAGUGAGAUCCAGGAUAUGAAUUAUUCCCUUGAAGCUGUAAAGGUGAAGACAGUGUGCCAGAUACCAUUGAUGAAGGAAAUGCUAAAGCAGUUCCAAGUGGCUGUAAACCUAGCUGAAGACACAGCUCAUCCCAAACUCGUCUUCUCCCAGGAAGGGAGAUACGUGAAAAAUGCAGCAUCAGCCAGUUCUUGGCCAGUGUUUUCUACAGCAUGGAACUACUUCGCUGGAUGGAGAAAUCCUCAGAAGACUGCUUAUGUAGAGAGAUUUCAGCACUUACCCUGUGUUCUGGGAAAAAACGUUUUCACCUCAGGGAAACAUUACUGGGAAGUUGAGAGAAGAGAUAGUCUGGAGGUUGCCGUUGGGGUGUGUCGGGAGGAUGUCAUGGGAAUUACUGAUCGUUCAACAAUGUCCCCAGAUGUGGGCAUCUGGGCGAUUUAUUGGAGUGCUGCUGGCUAUUGGCCCUUGACAGGCUUCCCUGGAACUCCCACACAGCAAGAGCCAGCUCUCCACCGAGUGGGGGUUUACCUGGAUCGUGGGACUGGGAAUGUCUCCUUCUACAGCGCUGUGGACGGAGUGCACCUGCACACCUUUUCUUGUUCUUCUGUCUCACGCCUCCGGCCAUUUUUUUGGUUGAGUCCAUUAGCAUCUUUAGUCAUUCCACCAGUGACUGACAGGAAAUGAGGCUUUUCUUCCCCUGACCAAAACUUCCCUGUAGUCCAGCUCAGGGACGCACAUCCCCGGGCCCUCUUCUGCCCUUCAUGUCUCUAUCCUGGAUCGUCUAUCUUCUGGGUCUCCCUAAUGGAACCAUUUGGUAUCUGCCCUUUGUGUGCUUCACAAGAGGCAGUCCCAUGAGAGGUGGUUCUGGCCAAUGGAGAUGGGACAGGAAAUUUUCCAAGGUGCUUUUGGGAAAUCUUUUUAUAGGUUUUAAAGAGAUGUGCAGGGAAGACAUGGAUGUUAGCAGCCAUAUUGGAACUCAGAACACAGGAAUGGUGGAAAGGUAGAAGAAACAUAGUUCUUGUUGCCAUUGUGAAAUUGUUGAAAUUUCCUUAAUCCUGAGCUUCUUGUUAUAUGAGAUAAUUACGCCCUUAUUGUGUAAGACAAUUUUGGUUGUAUUUGGUUACUUGCAGCCUGAAGUACCCUAACUGGCACUAAAGGGACAUAGUGUGAACAUCCCACAGUAUAGGCUUAUGUCAUGUUUGUGAAAUUUGACAAAGGCAUAGAAUCUUUUUCUAUCCAGUCAGGCAUUGCCUGUUCUUUCCAGUAACUACUGAUUCCCUCACUUUUCUGUCUUAGAAAAUUGUGGGGGCCAGGCGCGGUGGCUCAAGCCUGUAAUCCCAGCACUUUGGGAGGCCGAGAUGGGCGGAUCACGAGGUCAGGAGAUCGAGACCAUCCGGGCUAACACGGUGAAACCCCGUCUCUAC